AUGAGUACCAUGGUUGUUCCAGAAAUUUUUCAAAAUUGUUCGUCUGAAUAUCGUAUCAAAGAUAUUAAAUAUAUUCAAUGUCAUAUACCUAUGAAUGUAAAUCCAUGUAAAUUAUUAAAGGAAUUACAUGAAGCCAAAGAUAUUCGAAAGUAUCUUUUUGCUACAAUUCCACUUAUACUCGCAACAAUUGCUAUUUUGAUAAAUAUUACUUAUGGUAUAUUGAUAAUAGAGUUAUGGCGAAGGAAAAAACUUGGCUCAUUGUGUCGAUAUAGCUUUCUGAUAAGUAGAACGAUAAGCAGUAUUCUUGCACUGAUUCUUUUAUACAUUGUUUUAAUUGCAUGGAAAUUUGAAAUAUUUCGAUAUGCAUCUGCUGCUGCAUUCAUUUUAAUCGGAUCAAUAUCAUUCUUAACAUUAGCUGGUACUUAUGUUGCAAUGACAGCAUUACUUUAUUUAGCAAUUGUUCAUCCAUUAAAAUAUUUGUAUUUGGUUAAUGUUAAACGAUGUUUUAUUGUUAUUGCAAUUCUAUGGCUUAUUUCCAUUGCUUUUUCGCUUUUUCUUGGUUUUUAUGGUGCUACAUUGUUUUAUCCGCAAACAGCGCCAAUUUAUUGCUCAUUUAAUCGAUGUCAACAGCCUAUUGCUAUAUUUAUUGUUUUUAUGCUUUGUGUUUUUUUUAUUAUUGUCAUUGCAUUUUAUCUAAUUAUACUUUAUUUUAUUCACAAUCGUGAUCGAACUAAUCAAUUGGAUACUGAUAUAACAAUAAGAAAUAAUGUACGAACAAUGAAUAGAUUAGCAUUAAAUAUGGUGACAUUUACUAUUGGUUCAUUACCGAUUCUUAUUGUUGCAGCAAUUGCAACAGCUAAUUUAAAAAAUCUAACUAUUUUAGGUUUGGGUGAUAAAUCAUCGUGUAAAACAUUCCUUCAUGGAAGACUCUUCUUACAAGUGGAAAUUUUAGCUUGUACGGCGGCAAUUGUUUGGGUAUUAGCAAUGAUCUUUGAUCCAAUUAUUAAUUUUUUCGCUGACCCAAAUUUCAUCGAUUCAAUUCGAUCAUGGUUUUCAUGUAUUAAAUUUCAAAUUCCACCACUACGGCUAUUAUUUUUGCAUAAAUCAAACAGUAACAGUUGA